AUGCUCGGACAUCCAACGCUUGACGAUGAUUCCUCUGAGGACAUGGACGCCUGGUUCAGCAACACAGUUGCUAUGAUGAAGCCGACCUCGCCCGAGAUUCUGCGGGCCACGCCUGCAUUUGAGACGCUGCGAUUUUUGGCCCAGCCUCUGCGCGCUCGACAGGGCGACUUCUUUGGGCGGAGCCAGGUCACUACCAGCAUUGCGUCCUUUUGGUCGCACAGUUGGCACGGGUCGACGUGGCAGAAGAUCGCCUUUCUCUUCUUCCUGAACAAUGGUCCUGCAGCUGCCGCAGUGAGCUCGGCUUCAGCUGUCCUGGCAGGACUUCUCUAUUGUUUCCGGUUAUUGCCCAGCAUUUUUGGGCACCUGGGGUGGUGCUCGAUCUUUGCGACCUUCACGUACGUCUUCACCUUGUUUUUUUGGCGAAGGCGGCAACUGGUUUUUCUCGACAGGAUCUGCAUCUCAAGCGACGAAAAUCUGAAAGCAGAGGCGAUGCUCAGUUUGGGUGCCUUCUUAAGACAUUCUGAUGCGAUGCUCGUCCUGUGGGAUCCGACCUUCAUGGACCGGUUGUGGUGCUUGCUUGAGCUGGCCGCCUUCUUACACAGCCGCAAAGAGGGCUCCAAGAUCAGGCUCACCAUCCGCCCUACGGUGUUGGGCCCCUGCUUGCAAGUUACGGUCUUCUCCUUGAUCGUCUUCAACGCAGUAACCACGUUUGCUUGGGUCCUCAUAGACAGCUUCUGGUACUUCUGGCUGGGCGUUCUCCUGCUGUCAAGUGUGAACUUCUGGCUCACCGCUCACAUGGGUCGUGAGUACUGCCGGUCUAUAGAGAAAGUGCGAGACGAUAUUGCAUUUUUCAGUGUUGACAAGUUGGUGAGUUGGUGCUGUUGCGUGGGGCACAAAGAUCCAUCAUCGGGAAUGCCAGUGGCAUGUGACCGGACGAUCAUCUUUCACUGUAUGCAAAUAUGGUUUGGCACAGUCGAAGCCUUCGAGCAUCGAGUACGGUCAGAUGUCCUUCGGAUCCUCGUGGAUCAGCUCUCUAAUCAGGUGCUUUCUUAUGGGCAGCUGGUCACGGUCACGGUGCCCAUAACUUGGGGAUACCUUGACGUUGUCUUCGACCACUUCUUGGUUGGCGAGUAUGCGGAAGGUGUACACAGCCUGAUGCGUGGAUUGACCUACGGCUUAGCUAUGUCUCCGUCAAUGAUAUUACUCAUGUUCCGGCUGGCGUACUACUUGCGGAGGAAGCGGAGCCUGCACCUGCUAGACUGGCUCGUGUCAUCGCUCGUCAUUCUUUGCGGGCUUUGUCUUUUUGUCUGCUUUGUCGCAUGGGAUCUGUCAACUUUCACCGUGCUGCUGCCGGAGGCUCCAAUCGUAGCCGGGCUGCUAUUUUCUGUGCCCACAGUGGCUGUGGCACUUUUGGUGUGGAGAGUCGUGCCCAAGGUCAAACUUCUCUAG